AUGGUUAUUAUCUUAGAUUCUACCGAAGUAGAAGAAGCUAGGCUUAAGAGGGAAGAAGAAUGGAAGAAAGCUUUUGAAAGAAUAAACGAAAAACCUCCUCCUAUUGAGGAGGAUUAUGAUCCUCGAACAUUAUACGAGAGGUUACAAGAACAAAAAAUGAAAAAGGAGGAAUCGUUUCAAGAGAUGAAUAGAUACAGUAAUUUAAUUCAUAGGCUGGACGAGGAUGAGAUAGAAUUCUUGGCGACGGUAGAGAGUGACGAACGUGUUAAAGAAUUAGAAAAGAUGAAAAAAGAUGAGGCAGAACUCGAAAAUUUUAGGCAAGCUGCAGCUGAAGCUGAUAAGGCUGCAAUUGCAAUUUCAAAACCCAUUGUAUAUGAACCGGCUCCAGCACUGGUAAAAAAUACUCAAAAACAUGAUUCACAACGAAAGAUAUUAGCGAAUGCGGUGAAGAAAACCGCCAAAUCAACGCGCAGUAAACCGUUACCGGUAACAAUCAAGCAAGAAAGAUCAUCACUUGCCACUAAACAUGAACCUCCAUCAUCAACUAAUGAACAAGAAUUAGUAUUAUCGCCUAUUAUUAUAGAACAAUCAUCUCAUACUGUCAAGCGAGAACCACAUGAUUCUGAUGAUAAUGAACAGGCUAGAGAAAUUAAACGAAUUAAAAUUAAAGAAUCAAAUGAUCCAGAGAUUUCGAAAGAAGAAUCAUCAGAAAGAACUUUUGUUGAAGGGAAAGACUCGAUAGAAACGACUAAUAAUAGUAAACCCUUGAACCCUUUGUUAUCUUUACUUGUAUAUAGCGAUGACAGUGACGACGAUGAUACCUCAUGA